GAUUAGUCAUUUCAUUUGGUAAAUUGAUAUGAAUUGUCUCUAAUCUUUUUGCGAAUUUGCGUCUUAUCAGGGUUUACUACUGAUUUUGUAUACAGUUCUUACCCAUAAUCAGUAAACGGAGUACAUGAUGCCUUUUCAUGACAAAUUAAAAAAUUUUGCCAGUGAAUAUGAUAGUGUAUAGAUGUGCUGAAUUGGGCUAUGUUGUUUUGAUGUGAAAAUGGAUAACACCAAUGAUAAUGGUGAUAAAAAAGACGAUGAGAGCGGGCAGAAGAAGGAACUGACCUCGAAUUUGCAAAAGAUCUGCCUUGUUUGUGGCGAUAGGGCGUUAGGUUACAAUUUCAAUGCCAUAUCAUGCGAGAGUUGCAAGGCAUUCUUUAGACGCAAUGCACUAGCUAGCAAGGAAUUUAAGUGUCCGUUUACAAACAAUUGUGAAAUAACAGUGGUCACGCGGCGGUUUUGUCAAAAAUGUCGCUUAGAAAAAUGUUUAUCAAUAGGCAUGGUCAAAGAAUUCAUCAUGUCCGAAGAAGACAAAGCUGAAAAACGAAGAAAAAUUGAAGAAAACAGAGCGAGGAAGCGUCAGCUGUGUGAUAGAGAUGGAGACGAUGGUGUGAGUAGCUCGAAAAACUUCAAGCGUGAUGAAGAAACUCAAGUAACAAACCUACCAUCAGUUCACGAGUCUGUGAUACAAUAUGAUGUUUUGAAUAGUACCACAUGUAGUCCUAGUAGCACCGUGCAGUCUCCAUUGAGCGCAGAUUUGGAUUCGUCAUUGCAUUCCUCCCCAGUAUACUACGCUCCUGUGCAAAGUACGGAGAUGCCGUACACUAUGAAAGUACAUCCCAUUGACGAAAAAUCUGUGAUUAACAAAACAUUGUAUGAACAUAGGAUGAUGGAUUCAUAUCGGACAUAUGAUAUGGAUAGUAAUGUGUUCAUGGAAGAAGAGCAAGCUAAGCAGAAUAGUAUUAGAUCAAUAUUAACAAAUGGCAACGCAAUGUAUGGUGAGGAGAAACAGCACAUCUGUGAAGAGAUCCCGUCGACCAGUAGCAACCCUGACGUGAACAAGGCGAGGGAUAUACUGCAGGAUGUAGAGAGAAUAGAGCCUAACUCAAUGGAGUCGAUACUCUGUGAGGCUAUAAAACUGGAGUUCGAAGCGUACACCUCCGUCAAUCCCUGCAGCGGCUCGUCCAGGGAACUCAAUGAGGUAGAAAGAGCUAAGUUGAACGAGUUGAUCGUUGCCAACAAGUCUCUGCACGCGCCCAUCGAUGACGACGUGUCUCAGCUCAUAGGCGACGCCAGGUUGCUCAAGGAGGGAGACGGCAAGCACGACCCGCGUCUGAUCAAAAUUGUCAAUUUGACCGCGAUCGCCAUCCGAAGGUUUAUCAAGAUGGCGAAGAAAAUCAACGCGUUCAAGAACAUGUGCGAAGAAGAUCAGGUGGCCCUUUUGAAGGGCGGGUGUAUAGAGAUGAUGGUGUUGCGAAGUACCAUGACCUAUGACGGCCAGAGGAACCAGUGGAAGCUCCCCCACAGCCAAGAACAGUUCGGCAGCGUCCAGAUCGACAUCCUGAAGCUGGCGAAGGGCAACAUCUACCGCUCAGUGGAGGCCUUCAUAGUGACCUUCCACCCGCGCUGGCGCGACGAGAACAUCAUCCUCAUCAUGACCGCCAUCCUGCUGUUCUCGCCCGAGCGCCCGCGCGGCGUGCAUCGCGACGUCAUCAAGCUGGAGCAGAACUCAUACUACUACUUGCUACGUCGCUACCUGGAAAGCGUGUACCCGGGCUGCGAAGCGAAGUCCACCUUCCUGAAGCUGAUCCAGAAGAUUCUAGAGCUUCGGAAGCUGGCCGAAGAAGUCACCGACGUGUACCUCGACGUGAACCCCAUUGAGCCGCUUUUGAUGGAGAUUUUCGAUUUGAAACACCACGCCGCAUGAGGUCGUGUAUUAUGGUAGUUAGUGUAGAUAGAUAUUUUUAUUGACCACAGAUGUAAACUUCGAAGUAUUCCAGCUUUGUCACAUAUCCUUCGAAAUAUUCGAAGAUAUCCUUCAAAGUAUUCGAAGAUAUCCUUCGAAGUAUUCGAAGAUAUCCUUCGAAGUAUUCGAUGAUAUCCUUCGAAGUAUUCGAUGAUAUCCUUCGAAGUAUUCGAAGGAUAUGUGACGAAAACAAACGUAUCUUAUGGAGGGAUGACUUAUUAUACCCAUCACGUAUAUGUAUUCACACACAUAGUAUACAACAUAAUUGCCCACCGCGUCUGUCUACACUUGGUUGGCAAAUAAAUUAAUAUGAAUAUUACCGCGUCAUAGAGGUUCGUGCAGGGUAACUCGAUGUGCUGUUGACUGUACCUACUCAAGUCUCAUCCUUUUCCCUUUUCCUUACUUUGAACUAUUUGCGCAGCUGUUACGAAGCUUUCUCCAUUUGAACCAUGCCAUAAAUUUUGAUGCAAUUUUCACUGUUAUUUAGACAAUUUAUUAACAAAGGUUCAUACAUACAAUACAGCCUAUCGAAUCGAAGCCCGGCUGGGUCGCUAGACUUUUUAUACAUUGGCUUUUCACAUGCUCAGUCCAUGAUACUGAAUAACUUUUUGUGUGGGAUCAACAACGAAAUCGCGAAAAAAUCAGCUGAUCCAUACGUUUUCCUCAAGUUAGCUGUUUGAUUUUGUAUGGAACAGGUGAUUUUUUCGCGAUUUCAGUGUUGCUCCCAUACAAAAAGUUGUUCAGUAUCAUGGACUGAGCAUGUAGACAAUAUAAAGAGUCACCUGUAUAAUAAAAUGACGGAGUGGUUGACGAGAGCGGUUGGCAGGCCGGCUGCUGGUCAGAUGGCAUUGUUUGGGGCACGGGAAUGCGAUGGACGAGACUCGCACAGGACCAUAGGAAGCCUUUUACCCCGCCAUGGGUAUAACACAUUGAAAAUUUUCAAAAAAAAAGUCAAAAUUAUUCUAUUUAGGAUGAUAUACGUCGUAAAAAUAUUACUUUAGUCUACCGCCGACUUCCAAUGCGCAGGUGAAGAAGAAGCGGCGCAACAAACUUCACCGGGGCUUUUUCUCCAAGGACGUCAAUUGACAAAUGUAGAUCUUAUAUCAUGUAUAUUAAAAACUAAGAGGACGAAUAUACAUCAUUAUUUAAAAUGUUAGAAUUUAAAUAAAUAACUGACUGAACGAUGAGCAAUCAUAUGAAAUGGAAGUAACUUCCCUCCAUAAGGAUAACCUUUUCUCGUGGAGCAUCACAUAUAUUCUAUCGUGUACCAAUAUUCAGAAAUCCGUGAUUGAUUACACAUACAAACUUUCGCAUUUAUAACAUUAAUGGGUGUAGUGGGAUAGUGUGGUGGCAUCUGUUGUUAACUGGUAAAUUAUAUUAGUACAUUUCACAGGCUUAUUGCAUGAACUGUUAUUCCUCCUCGCAUCGCCUCUAAAGCAUCAGAAGGUCUACCACGGGACUACAAACACGUGCUUUUUUAACGCCACGUGCUGAUUCUUUUUCCCAUAUGGUGUACGUAUCGUACUACGUGUUUUAUCACGGUGACCUUGGAUUUAUGACAGUCUUUUACGUGUUUUUGUAAUAAAGUUAAAUAAAUAAAGCUUAUUAAUUACAUAUGAAAUAAGCCCAUCUAUACUAUUAUUAUAAAGAGGUAAGCGUUUGUGAGUUUGUAUGUUUGAGGCGGGCAAUCUCCGUAACUACCGAACCGAUUUCAAAAAUUCUUUCACCAUUAGAAAGGUACAUUAUCCAAGAUUGAUAUAGGCUAUAUUUUAUCUCAAAAUUCCCACGGGAGCGAAGCCCCGGGCAACAUCUAGUUAUUCAUAAAUAUGUUAAUGGGUGGUUCGCGGAGCGUUUCGACCGCUGCGGUCGCGCUGUCAUUACAAUUUUUCAAAAUUUUAACAAAGCCAAGAAUGAGUUUACUGUAUGACUUUACAUUAAUUACUCUGUACUGUAGUAAUGUAAAUUUUUUUAAUGAUUGAUUUUGGAAAUGAUCCCUUGAUCAAGAAAAUUUACGGAUUGUAAUGACAGCGCAGGAGCAGCGGUCGCAACACUCUGCGAACCACCCCAAAGCAUACUUUAAAAUAUGUUGUGUCACUAUCGCGUUUUAUAAUAUUUCAAAUUGACAGAAAGAGACAAAACAUAGGUACUUUACCUUUUUAAGAAUAAGAGGGUAAGUUUAUUCUUAAAGUUCAUGCAAUAAGCCAACGAUGUUUUAACGUAAGUACAUAGUUGAUUUUUUAAUUUUAGGUAUUAUAUGCGUAGACAAUUUAGAAUAUCGAAAAGUUGUACAGAGUACGUUCUUAGUUUUAUAUGCUACGACGGUUAAUAUUAGGGUUAUGUAGAAUCUAAUAGAAAACGUUACAUUUAAAGUAAGUUCUGUUAUUUUUUAACACGAAAUUUCGUUUUUGUGCAAAAUAUUAUGUAAAUGCUGCAUUUUUUUUAUAUUGUACGAGAGCUGAAGUUUAUUUUUGUGGAAAAUUAAUAUUUUAUACAUAUUGGUUGUUUGUUGUAAGAGACUUAUUGUUAUUUUAAAGUAUAAUUUAUUUUUCAUAAAAUAGAAUGGUAAUGUAGUCUGAAACAUUUCGUGCCAAAUGUAAUGUAUAUAAUCACCCUAUUUUAUAAAUAGACACAUUACCCAUGUUAUCACAUUAUAUAAUAUUGUAAUCUGACAGAUUACUUAACUGCUAGAUAAAUCUGCCUGAUGCGAUCGGCCAGUUAGCGCUAUCCAACAGAUGCGAAAUUAUUUUUAAUGCCAUCUGUUUGAUGUUACAUUUAGGCUAUUUAAAGCUUAAUCUGGAAGCGAUAAACAAGCCCAUAGUUUUGUAAUGGUGGUGAAAAAGAUCUAAAGCUGACCUUUAGUCUUUUAUUAUUUAUUAUACUCCAGUACAUAAUGCCAAAAAAUUUUAUGCUAUUAUAUAAAAUAAUAUAUGACGAAUAUAUUAUAGGUGAUUGAUUGUUCCCGGAAAUCAGGUUACAACAUUGUCAUAGGAUCAUUGAAAAUAAUGAUUUUUCUUCUUUCAAUGCCUUCUUUGAAGGUCAUCAUCAGUGCGGUAUAUAUUUUUGAAAUUAUUUUUAAUCUACUGUUAUUGUCUACGUGUUAUUGCAAAAACACGGAAUUUUUGAAACUAUAAUCCGUUAGAUUACUUUAAGCUUUUUGCAUAUAAAAGAAUAAAAAAGAAUUCUAAAAGACAGAAAUGUGAGAAUUCGAUAUAAUAUUAAUAUUACAUCACAUUGAAGCCAAAUUACUAUAUGACCGUCCCCUUGGUAAAUAUUUUUACUGUUGAUGUUUUAUUUACUUUAAUUGAAAGUAAAAUAAAUCGUGCUAGAAUUUUAGUCUUGACACUGAUAAGUUCCCAAAUGUUAUCACGAUGCGGAGCAUUUUUAUUAUGAAUGUCAAUAAGUUUGAAAGUUAAAACUAAUUAUUUGACAUGUCUCCUGUUGGUUGGCAACGCUGGGCUUUAUCAACCAAUCUUGGACCAUGUGAUUAUUUACAUUUUGUAUAUAUAUUAUAUCCCAACUAAUAUUAUAAAUGCGAAAGUAAAUUUGUUUGUAACCCUCUUCACGCAUUAUCCACUGGACCGAUUGUUAUAAAAUUUGGUACACGGGUAAAAAAUAACCUGGAAUAGUACAUGGGAACUUUUUAUCCCCAAAAUUCCCACGGAAGCGAAGCCCCGGGGCGCAGCUAGUUAUUUAUGUUUUAUCAUUUGAGAUAGUGUCCCCUGUCAAUAAUCCUUAACGAGAACGUGAUAUAGGUAUAUGAAAAAGGUGGCCUGCUGCGUGCGUUGUGGUUGUAGUAAUAGAGGAAAUACC